AUGGAAAAUAAGAGAAGCUUUGCAGGAUAUAAAUAUGACUAGGGGGAUUCAAAUGUGUGGAGGGUCGCUGGUGAACCAUAUUUAUGUAACAUUAAAUGCCAUUUUCAAAUUGCGAUUUCAAAUCUGUGUGUCUAGAUUAGCAAAUCUUUUCAGUUUUUGUUCUCUGAUGUUGCUUUCUCUGAUGACUCCUCUUGUUAACUACCUUCAGAAAUAUUUUUGUCAAUAAUAUAUCUUUGAUUUGCUUCCUUUAAGAACUUUUUAAAGAACUAUCCUGUAUUAAUAUUCUUCACAUUUGUGUGAUGUAGUCUCUCUUCUGCCAUCUAAAAUGUGAUUUCUGAAUUAAAUAUCAUGUCUGAAAAUAUAGUCUGAGAAACACAACACCAGUAUUAGGGCCUCACUUCUCUCAACAUUCCGCUGUUUUCUCAACGCAUCUCAUUUCUCUUCAUCAGGUCAUCUGCUCUUUAUCAGUUAAAUAAAAAGAAAUGUAAUAGUGAGUGUGAGAGAGAGAGAAAGAGCCCACACACGUUUUUCUCUUAAUUCAUUCCUUUGACAUUUUCUCACAUAACCACCAUUGACUGUAAAUGUCACAGUGAGGUUGAGCAAGGCAGCUGGGAAUGCUUGCAUAAGAAUGCGACAAAUUAUAGGCUAGGUUUCAAAUACAGCAUUGGUUGUGUAUAUCUUUUGCUAUUUUGGCCAGGAAUACUCUUGUUCUAUUGGGAUGGGUGAGAUACAAAGAAUGUGUUAGAGGAACCAAACCCACUUAUUGCACUGUUUUAUGACGGAAGGAUAUUUUCACUAUCACUUACCUUAAGGUGGUUAGGUUUACCGCAUUGUGAAAGAGCAAACGUUGCUGUGACAGACAGCUAUCAAUCAUGUAAGGCGGGGGAGGCUUUUGUCACAGGGAAAUGGUUUCACAGCUGUAUGAUAUGUAGAUCAGGGAAAGAUCUGUGUUUUAUUUAACCACACCUUGGUCGGUUAAAUUGUUUGAAGGGUUAAGUAAAUUAAUGCAGCAUGAUUAUUUAAGUGACCACAGAAAAGGAGACGUAAGUAGAGUAAUAGAUACAAAUUUUACAUGUACGCAGCAUAGUUUGCCUCUAGAAUUACUUUAAGUGGUCAAUAAAACAACACAAUCAACCUUUUGGUGGAAAUAUGUGAUGUGACUAUGGACACAUUUUUUUCUUUGUCCUUACAUUGAAUUGCCAUAAAUUGGACAAUAAACACAUAUGGACUUUAAAUGGGAGAAGUAUUUUUAAAGCAUACCUCAUUGGCUCUUGAAGUGAGAAAGUGGGGUAACAUUUGAAUGUUUUAGAGCGUGACUGAAGGGUGUUUUCACCUCUACACAUGCCAACACAAGCGAAGGUUAAUUCAUUGCGGAGCUAUUUCCCAGCAAAUUGCCACUACCGGCAUCCAUCAUAUAAACCCCUGUGUAAGCUCAGUGAAUUCAUUCAGUCAAUCACUCAGACAAGGGAAUAAUAGAAUUAAAAGACGCACCACUAAGUUCCUGUGGCAUACCGGAUAUAGGUGUUGCUGUGGUUACCUAUAGGAUUAUAGUAUUUGUAAUUUGACAGUCUGAUAAUCUGGAGGUUGGAUCUCAAAGCAGCAUGGUGCAUCAACAGGUCAUGGGGCCUCUUGCCACUUUCGUAUUCCUCAGUAUAUGCAGGUUUCACUUGGCGCAGGGGGAACUUAUAACAGUAGUAUUGGAAGGUGGGGAAAUAGAAUAUGUUCAGCCUGAAUUUAUAAAGCCAUGUCCUGUGCAACUUGCUACUGGGUUUUGCCUAAACCAUGGAAUAUGCCGACAAAUUAUUAUCUCAAAUAACAACAUAACCAGUUGCCACUGUAAACGUGGUUAUAGUGGGACAAGAUGUGAAUAUUUAAUGAGACCAGUCCAAGACCCUAUGAUGGCCAAUGUAGCUGCAGGGAUAGGAGUUGCAGUAUUUGUAGUUGUCAUAAUUAUAGUAGCUGUUGUUGCAUAUAUUGUCAUAAGAAAAAGGAACAGUCGGCAAAGAACAAUAAAUCUUAAUGCAGACACAGAGGACGAGGUAGGACGACCUUUCAGUCGGAGGGCUUCUGUUAUUGCUAGUGAUACUAAACGAGCGAGACCAGUUUAUGCUGAUCCAGAUAAGCAUGAGGCAUUACCAACAGCUAAUGGGCACCAAGAAGAAAAGUUGUUGAAAAACGAUUUAGAAAGAGACUGUGAAAAAGGAGAAGCAGAAGACAAAGUAUAGUGCCAACCAAACUGUAAAUUUAACAUUUGACGUGUACCUGUUUCACGUCCAUGGAAUAGUCAACUAAGCAGUGGGAAACCGUUGUAGAUAUUUAUAUAAGUAUGAAUGAAUGAAUGUGUGGAUAUUUAUUUGAAGAUAUCUUGUUUUAUAAGUAAUACUUGGUGCAUUGUUGGAACAAGACUACUUCUGUCUGUGUGAGUGUGGUAGUGCAACCAGUGGAAUAUCGCUGUCCUUGGCAACUUUGUCUCCCACUGCUUAUGUAUCAUAAGCUCUCUAUUGGCAUUCAGAUUGUGAUUUGUUAUUGCCAAGUUCAUAAUAGAUGGAAUGGCAUUGCUUUUAUUCUGAGGAACUGAAGUGGCAUCCACAAUGUACCUGUGGAUGUGCCACAAGCAACAUAUUCCCACCCUACAAGUCCUGAAUAGCAUGUGCCUGUCCGUAGCCAAACAUGUGACUGUGAAGAUGAGCAUAUUUCCAAGACAAGCUCAAUUCAAACUUGACAGUCAAACUGCGUUGACAGUCAAACUGCGGAGGAACACUGCUCACAAAAACUGCACAAAAUCCCAUGGCUGGAAGAUGCUGUUGUCUAUUGGCUGACAAGGAUUAAAUUAGGAAUAUCUUCUCAUGAGGUCUGAGUCAGUUUUAGGAAUUUCUCCAGAAGAUUUGACAGGGAUUUUUUGAGAAAAAAACUUUUAUGGUGAUAUGGACACUUUUAAGAGGAAUGGGAUAAUGGAUAUUUUACAGUGAACCUCUUUAAGUAAUGUAGUUAUGCUAGUCAUGUAUAGACGCAUUUAAAAUAAGUAAGACAGCUUGCUGCUGCCAUCCUCACCAAGUGGAGCACCAACCCAUUCCAUGUAGCCAUUGGAUAAUUAUUGACCAAUUACAGUCAGCAUUGUGGCAAGAACAAUUGGCAUAAAAUUUGUAAUUUUAAGGUGUAAUAUUUCUGUGUGGAGGUUUUACAUGCAUUGGUGUUUUUUUUUUAUUUGCCCACCUCCCCUCCAUCAUACAUGCUAAGUGCAUGAAUGUAAAGCUUACAGUGGGAUUAUAUGGCAAUUUGAGGAACUUUAAGUGGAAAGAGUAAUAUCGCUCCACCUGUGAGAUCAAUUUCUGAACAUGUAGUGGGAGGAGAAUUCAGCAGGGUGAAUGAGUAACCAAAUGUGACCUUCUCUCUCCCAUCCUACAAGUAGCAAACAAGUAGCUACAAUGAUUUUACCAUUAAAAAAUCUUAUUUAUUUUUAGAUAUAUAGUUAUUGAACAGUGAGUGAGGGUUAGGCUUACUCAUCAUGGAGUGGGUGGACUAAUUACUGUAACUUAGGACGUGAGUGCAUAGUGAGGUCCAUUAAAGACAAUCACAUUGUGCUUUACGACAACUUCAGUCUUAUGAAUUCAAUGUGUCCCAGAAUUUUGGGCUGUUUUAUAAAGUAGGACAGGAUGUUUUGUCUAAAAUUCAGCCUGAAACCCAAAGCCCUAAUAUGGCUGAAUUGUUUAUGGUGUAUUUUCUUCGGGGAACAAGGCUGCUUUUAGUAAAUUAUACUGCUAAUUUUAUUUAAAUUAUUUGUUACAGCAUUGCUAUCUGUACAGUGGUUGGAAGUUAGAUAUUAUAGAUUGUGAGGUAUAAUUUGAAUGUUUUAUUUCCACCGAUGGCUAUUAGUGCUUAUGCCAGUAAUUAUAUGUUACAGCAGGUUUCUUUACAGGCCUGUUUAGACAAUAGUACUGCAGUGACCCUGAUAAAUUAAACAAAUUAAAUGUUAGUUGUUUUUGUCAUUACUAUGAAUAUUAAUGUUAAUUUGGAAACAAGCUUAAAGUGAAAUAGAUGACCAAUAUAUGUGAACAAGUUCUUCCUUAUGGUGUUUAAGGAUGUCGGACAAAAUAUCAACUUAAAAAUACUUAUAACUUGUACUUAGUGUUUAAAAACCUGUCAGUAGUGUAUUAAUGCUCAGUGGAUUAUGAAGUACUUACAUAACAUACACAAAUGUGUCAUAUUAGUAUCAUUUGAAUGUGAAACCAUAGUAGUCGGUGGUGUGUUUGUGUUUCAUGUGCAAUAAUUUUCACUGCUGCUUAGUUUUCUCUGAAUGGAUAUUGUUAUGAUUUAGUGUCUGUUUUAACAUUUAUACAUUGUAGGCUUUUCAAGUCCUUUUUUUAAAUUAUGUAUAUUAGUGCUGUUAUUCAUGCAUGUUCAAGAUACAGACACAAACAAGUGGAGGUAUAAAUAAAGAAAUAAAAUGUGAAAAUACCAUGUUAUUAUGCCAUUAU